AUGGCACUGCUGAAAUACUCAGCAUGGCACAGAACAGCAUCGCGAAAUAUUAAGCAAGCACGUUUGCCGGACGUGGCUAAAGAUUCUGCCGAUAGAAUUCUGCACAAAGACGGCUUUUCACAGCAGGACUUUGAAAUGAUUCGGCCUGUGGUGUACAGCAACACGAUCCACGCGAUUUUGGCCGUGCUUCGUGCCAUGUAUCAGUUGAACAUCGAGUUCAGCGACUCAGAACGACAGGUAAGGCUUGGUGUUUGGCGUUUCGCAGUGCUGUCGUUCGGUAAUAGCGUGCCGUUCGUACAGAAAGAUGCACAAAUUGUGUACGCGACGGUUCACGCUCAACGGGACACCGAGCCGUUCAGCGAAGACCUGUCUCAAGCCAUGCAGCGACUCUGGGCUGACGCCGGAGUCAGGCACUGCUACUCGCGCAACAACGAGUACCAGAUCGACGAUUCUGCCAAAUAG